GCCGGCAGCGCGAGGGCUGGGCUGGGCCGCGCCGCUCGCUGCAGCGCUCGGCUCCGCUCCGCCGCGAGGAGGGAGAGGAGAGCGAGGAGAGGGACGGGACCGCCGCGCCCAGCCCCGCCGCCCGCCGCCCGGCCCGCGCCCCGCCGCCCGCCCCGCUCCGCUCGCCCGCACCGCCGCCCGCGCGAAGAUGGCCGGCUGGCAGAGCUACGUGGACAACCUGAUGUGCGAUGGCUGCUGCCAGGAGGCCGCCAUUGUGGGCUACUGCGACGCCAAGUACGUCUGGGCAGCCACGGCCGGCGGCAUCUUCCAGAGCAUCACGCCGGUAGAAAUAGAUAUGAUUGUAGGAAAAGACCGAGAGGGUUUCUUCACCAAUGGUCUGACCCUUGGUGCAAAGAAGUGCUCUGUGAUCAGAGAUAGCCUGUAUGUGGAUGGCGACUGCACAAUGGACAUCAGGACAAAGAGUCAAGGUGGUGAGCCAACAUACAAUGUUGCUGUAGGCAGAGCUGGCCGAGUCUUGGUCUUUGUAAUGGGCAAAGAAGGGGUCCAUGGAGGCGGAUUGAAUAAGAAGGCAUACUCAAUGGCAAAAUACUUGAGAGACUCUGGGUUCUAGUUGCUAGGCAGACUGUUAAGUAUUAGGGGAAGAUUGCUAUUAAACUUUCCUGGCGGUGAGCUUUAAACCUUACAUUCUGGAAACUUUAUUAGCAAUGCAGGGUGAUGGGGUAUGAACCUGUGUCUCCUUUGUAUCCCUUUGUUGGUGGGGAAAGGUGUUUUUUUUUUUGUUGGUUUUUUGUUUUGUUUUGUUUUUUUCUUUAAUUCUGUUCAUUUCUGUUUUGUUUCCUUGUGUACUCCAGCAUUGGUUAUAGUCAUGGGAAAGGAAGGUGUCCAUGGAGGGACACUCAACAAGAAAGCAUAUGAACUGGCUUUAUACCUGAGGAGGUCUGACGUCUAAGCAGCCUCUCCCCAUCCACCUAGCAACUGUCUUCACCACCACCCAGUUGUGUUCAGUGCUACCAGCCUGUAGAUGGUAGUUUGUGUUUUUUAUUUACCCAUUUCCUAAUGUCAUAAUCCAGUUACCCUUUGUUCAUCUCUGUGUUAACCACUGUAUGUAACCAGCCCUGUACCUGGCACCAUCUGCACCACAGAGACGAUAUGCAUGAUACCUUGAGAACUCCUGGGAGGGGAAUAUGCCAAGUGUAGGCUUUGCUUUGUCUUAGCAAUUAGUGUGAUAUUGACAACUAAAACAACUUAAAUACUAAACAAGGUGCCGAUUGUACAAUCUAAUUUGAUCAAUGCCUCUUCAGCACUUUGAGCAAAUACACAGCUCACGAGUCUUCCUUUCAUAGAGUGUGGUUGGGAGGAAAAAAGUGCAUGCAUAUCUUUACUUCUCUCCCUCUUUUCUUUUUUAAAAAUCCACAUUUGUUUGCUUACACCCAUUUUUUAUAGUGCCUGGUUUGUGUAACCAAUUUGCCACUCAAAAGCUAUUAAUGUCACUUAGUUUUGUCAUUGCACUUCACUGUAGGCUUAAGUCUUUAAUUUUUUUCUUCAUGAUGUCUGAAGCUUGUACUGCUUAACAAGUGCAAUCACAAAACUACGAAAGGGUACAGAUGCACUUCCUCCCCUGACCCUCAGCCACCAUCCCAAUGGAUCCCCAGACAUUCCAUCCUUGCAAUAGCUCAGGCACUUUUUUUUUUUUUUUUUUUUUUUUUGCCAGCUCCUGUUCUGUAGUUGAAUUGUAAAAGGCUGCCAUGAUGGACAUUAGAUAUCCCAGCAUAACCAUCUGGAGUGUGUCUGGUUUCAGUUUUUCAUAGGACCAAUUUUAAUUUGCAGCUUGGGGGUUGUGGGGUUUUUUGUUGUUUCUGUUUUUUAAUAUGAAAUUGCAAUGUCAUUGUGGAAAACUGCCACCUUCAGCUACACUGGGAGCUCUGACUGACUCCAGUCUUUCUGCCAGAUCACUUACUGGUAAAGGGUUGCUGCUCUGAAACCACUGUUUGGAUGAAGGUUGGUAGUUUGAGAGCUAAACUGUCAAAAUGAUGCCAUUUCAAAUUAAAAAAUCUUCAUUUGGCCUGUCACACCCUUGCUGCAGAAAUUACGAAGUGAACUGCCUUGUGCACUAGUCAUCUGAAAUGUCUGUAACCAAAUCUCAGUUCAGGCACGGUACUAACCUGUAUGUCCAUUGAAAGAGAACUGCAGAACUCUGUAUACAAAAGAAUAAAUGGGAGAUGGUAUUGGUUGGAAUAACUGACUUGGCUGUCUUGUGAUGAAUUUUUUAAUAUGUAUUCUGUGCCAUACUAUUGUUUAAAAAAAAAAAAAAUGAACUGUUGCUAUUGUUUGAUGGAUUUUAACUGACUUCAAGGGUUUCUUUCGAAUGGCACUACUUUAGGGACAUUCUAGUAUUUGCUUCUCUUGUUGGGCCUUGUGGAUAAUGUACAGAUUUAAACAAAUUCUUGUUGCCGAUUUGUCCAUUUCUUUCCCUGCACUUUGUUACAUCUGGGAUACAGUCUAACUCAUCUGAUUUAAUAUGCAUUUCAAAAAAUGCCAUAACUAUUAAAAACACCUUGUUUACAGACAGAUGAAAUAAAUUUAUUCCAACCAAACAAAA